UUGCUGUUUUGCCCAGGCUGGUCUAUAUCCUGGCCUCGACUGAUCUUCCUGUCUUGGCCUCCCACAUUACUGGAAUCCUGUUCCCUUUUAACAUUUCCAGUGAGUACCAUAAGUCUGACUCCUUGACCUUCUAAAAUGUCCACUGUUCUGUUAAUUCCCACCCAGGUGCUAAAGGUACAGGUCUAAAAUCUACACAAUAAUAGAAAAACAAGAAUAGAAAGUAAUAAUUUUCCUUGUUUUUAUCUUUCAGUAUUAUGUCAGAAUAUAUCAUAUAAGGAGUAUUGUCCUUGAAAUUACUAAUUUUACAAGAAAUGUUUCACCUCUCAAAAACAAAUAAUCCUAACUACUGCCUCAAAGGAACUCUGACUAGUAGGGGUGAUAGGCAUGUAAACAAAUAAUUAUCAGUGCAAUGAUAGGGGUAUAAUAACAGAAGUGUAGGAGAAUAAGUGGUCUAUUCUGCUGUGGGUUGGGAGGGGCUGGUUUAGACAAGUGUCCAAAGGAAGUGAUGAUGUAGUCCAGGAUUUUGAAGUAUGAAUAGAAGAUUUCUAAGAGGAAGGGAAGUCAAUUCACAGAGACCAGGAUGUACACUUGCAUGGAGGUAUGAAACUGGCCAUACUAAGGACCCUGCACUUCAUCCUGUGGAGUUACUGUGGAACCACAAAGCCUUGGUUAUAUGCUGGAAUUGAUGUAAAUGUGGUCAUGCUUCAGGAGUCCCAAGUUUAUUACAGAAGUACCAGCCAACAAUUCUGUUAUACAAAUGUGCUUAUACCAAAAUGGCACGAUAUAUGGACACGGAUACAGAUCCGGGUAAAUAGUUCCAAAUUGGUUCGAGUCACUCAGGUGGAGAAUGAGGAGAAACUGAAGGAGCUAGAGCAGUUUAGUAUCUGGAACGUUUUUUCCUCCUUUUUAAAAGAGAAAUUGAAUGACACGUAUGUUAACGUGGGUCUGUACAGCACAAAAACCUGCCUCAAAGUUGAGAUUAUAGAGAAGGACACCAAGUACAGUGUCAUUGUGAUCCGGAGAUUUGACCCCAAGCUCUUCCUUGUGUUUCUCCUUGGACUUAUGCUGUUUUUUUGUGGAGACUUGCUGAGCAGAAGUCAAAUUUUCUACUAUUCCACUGGGAUGAGUGUGGGAAUUGUGGCAUCUCUGCUAAUCAUCAUUUUUAUACUAUCUAAGUUUAUGCCUAAGAAAAGUCCCAUUUACGUCAUCCUGGUAGGAGGCUGGUCUUUUUCUCUGUACCUCAUUCAACUAGUUUUUAAAAAUUUACAAGAGAUCUGGAGGUGUUACUGGCAGUAUCUUUUAAGCUACGUCCUCACAGUUGGAUUCAUGAGUUUUGCGGUUUGUUACAAGUAUGGGCCCUUGGAGAAUGAACGAAGUAUCAACCUGCUGACCUGGACCUUGCAGCUGAUGGGCCUAUGUUUCAUGUAUUCUGGCAUCCAGAUACCACACAUUGCCCUUGCCAUUAUCAUCAUUGCUCUGUGUACUAAGAACCUGGAGUACCCUAUUCAGUGGCUGUACAUCACCUACAGAAAGAUGUGUAAGGCAAAAGAAAAGCCUGUUCCUCCUCGUCUCCUGACAGAAGAAGAAUAUCGAAUACAAGGGGAAGUAGAAACCCGAAAGGCUUUAGAGGAGCUCCGAGAAUUUUGUAACAGUCCAGACUGCUCUGCUUGGAAGACUGUUUCUCGAAUCCAGUCUCCAAAAAGAUUUGCUGACUUUGUGGAAGGCUCUUCCCACCUCACACCAAAUGAAGUUUCUGUCCAUGAGCAGGAAUAUGGAUUAGGGAGCAUUAUUGCCCAGGAUGAAAUCUAUGAGGAAACAUCGUCUGAGGAAGAAGACUCGUAUUCCCGGUGCCUUACUAUCACACAAAACAACUCCUUGACUUAAGUGGUAGUUAGUUAUUUUUAUGUGGACUGGCUUGGUGCCUCAUUGGUUCAUAUUACUUGUGUUGUGCAAUUGCUUCCAACCCUUUGAAAGAGAGUGGAGAAAUUCUCCCACUGAAUUGAGAGGCCUGAGUAGGCUUCCCUCUGGAAAUGGUCUUGGUGGUCUCUGUGGGAUCCCUAAGGAAGGAGAGUGAGUAAAGUAGUAAAUGCCCAUUGGUUAAUCUAUCAUCCCACUUUUAUGUUCCCAAAGUAACUGGAUGGCCACAGCUAGCAUGGUGUUCUAGCUCCUCUUUAAAAAUUGAUUUCAUUGUGGUAUUUCUGUCAGGCUGGCCCUACAAAGUAAGAACUGUUAUAAUUGCAAUAAUGCUUUCAGACUAUAGGCUGCAUCUUCCAGAGAGAAAUCCACAAAUCUGAGCCUCUUUCACUUCUGCUUUUAUUUUAUUGACUUUAGAAUAAUACUUGAUUUAACUCUUUUUGGAAAGAAAAUUGAUUUUUGUUUGUCUUAUUUUCUUCCUUAAAUGAAUGUUUUUAAAAAAAUGUAACAAACUCAUGUUCCAGAACCAGCAAGUGCUCCAGAAUGACAGGCCACCCUAGGCCCUUAAGCCCCAGAAGCUAUUGUUUUGAGCCUUGAGUUAGUUGUCACACAUAUGAUAUUUUAAGUCCUGUUUUUAGGAACAUGCCUGUAGGCUCUUCUGUACGUGAGGUGUCUUGGGUUUUUUAUUAUAUUCAACUUUUAAUUCCAUCUUAAUAAAUGUGUCUUCUUCCCUCCCCAUUUCUCCUUGCCCCCCUUUCCCUUUCAGGAAGGGUAUAUUUCCCUCACUUAUGAAGUAUGUACAAUUCAGAGUUUAUUUCAUUUCUUAUACCUCCUCCUUAGUUUACAGCAUUAUUCCUGCUAGUAUAAGUUAUCUUGUUUCGGGGAUGUUCAAAUGCUUUCUAUAGGUUAUAUUUUUUUCUGUCAUCAGGUGACAUCUUUGAGUUACUGUGGAAUCAAGAAACUAUCCCCCUUUCCUUUCCCUUCUCCUUUGUCUACCUUGUCUACUUAUUCCUUUCAGCCUUUUCUCACUACCUGCACUCCCCUAAAUCUGACUAAUUUGUAAGCCCUGAAACUGUCUAUGAAAUUUUUUGAUGUACAAUUUGUAGCUGUGUAGCCACCAGAGUUUGCACUGCCAGGAAAUAGACCUCCAGGUUAUCUUCAUGCCUCUUGAUGCUCAUUCAGCCAUUAGGGUUAGACAGAUUUUUCUGUGAACUUACACUUAUUUGCAAUUCCAUUUCUGACUUGAGAUUUAUGCUGCCUUUUAUUACAGUGACAUUAGUUUCAGAUUCUUUUGCCUUUGGAAAGCACCCUUAUAAACUAGCAGUGUCAUUUAUGAGGGAUUGCUUGGUUCUGUCUUUGUGAUCUUCACCCCCAAUACCUUGGAAAACGCUGUACUUACUUUAGCCUGGAAGAUAGAUGCUCCUGGCAAGAGCAUAGUAUCAGCUUUACUGGCUUACUUACCAUGAUCAUGGGAAAGGCAGAUGAUUUUUUUUAAAAGCUGUAAUGACCCCUUCAAACCAGCCAUUUAGCAGAUAAUUUUGAAAGGCCCUGGCUCCAUUGCUGACUUCCAAAGUGUCAGCUCUGAGACUCCCUUCCAGAUUGAUUAUUUCCACAGCCUUAGACUGUCUUAAAGCGACAACUACCUUGAUUGGCAACAAAGAGACAUAUAGUGGAAAAUGAGCAGUAUUUGGUCAGAUAGUAUGGGUUAAAGUUGCAGGG